GCCCGGCCUUGCCCGGCUCCCGAGUCCGGCUUCGGCGCCGCGCUCGCCCACGCUCCCGACGGGGAAUGGUGGAGGGAGAGGGGGGCGUGUCGGGAAAAAAAAUCUCUAUUUCCGCCCAUCUCGGGGCGGGGCCCACGCCGCGGCCACUCUGAGUUUCCGGGCUGCGCGACAGCUGCCGGGGCUUCAAGAUGAUGGAGACCGAGAGACUCGUGCUGCCUCCCCCAGACCCCCUGAACCUGCCCCUUCGAGCGCUGGAAGUGGGGUGCACUGGGCGCUGGGAGCUGCUGAACGAGCCUGGGGCUCCGGAGACCACCCUUCCCCACGGCCUCCCCCCCUGUGCCCCGGAUCUACAGCAAGAAGCAGAACAGCUGUUCCUCUCGUCUCCCGCCUGGCUGCCUCUGCAUGGUGUGGAGUACUCAGCUCGAAAAUGGCAGAGGAAGAGGGAUCCCUGGUCUCUCCUGGCUGCUUUGGGGGCUCCUGUCCCGUCCGACCUUCAGGCCCAGAGACACCCAACCACAGGCCAGAUCCUGGGCUACAAGGAGGUCUUGCUAGAGAACACAAACCUGUCAGCCACGACCUCCUUGUCCCUGCGCCGGCCUCCAGGGCCGGCCUCCCAGUCACUGUGGGGCAACCCGACACAGUAUCCUUUCUGGCCAGGUGGGAUGGACGAGCCCACCAUAACAGAUCUGAGCACUCGGGAGGAAGCUGAGGAGGAGAUAGACUUUGAGAAAGAUCUUCUCACUGUCCCACCUGGCUUCAAGAAAGGGGUGGAUUUUGGCCCCAAGGAUCACCAGGCUCCUGGGCCAGGUUUGCUCAGCCUCAGCUGUCUGCUGGAGCCUCUGGAUCUGAGUGGAGGUGACGAGGACGAGAGUGAGGCCGCAGGAGGCCCUGGGGCGGACCCUGCUUCCGCCUCUCCCUGCAGCACCCCCCUGGUCCGAGCAAGCAGUUUGGAGGAUCUAGUGUUGAAGGAAGCAUCCACGAUCGCAUCCCCCCUGGAGCCUCCCAAGCCUCCCCCUCAGGAACAGUGGGCUGUACCUGUGGAUGUCACGUCCCCUGUGGGCGAUUUUUACCGUCUCAUUCCUCAGCCUGCCUUCCAGUGGGCGUUUGAGCCGGAUGUGUUCCAGAAGCAGGCCAUCCUGCAUCUGGAGCAGCAUGACUCUGUCUUCGUGGCGGCUCACACAUCUGCCGGGAAGACAGUGGUGGCCGAGUACGCCAUCGCCCUGGCCCAGAAACACAUGACGCGUACCAUUUACACGUCCCCUAUCAAAGCCCUGAGCAACCAGAAGUUUCGGGACUUCCGGAACACGUUCGGGGACGUGGGGCUGCUCACAGGAGAUGUCCAGCUGCACCCAGAGGCCUCCUGCCUCAUCAUGACCACGGAGAUCCUCCGCUCCAUGCUGUACAGUGGCUCAGACGUCAUCCGGGACCUGGAGUGGGUCAUCUUUGAUGAAGUCCACUAUAUCAAUGAUGCUGAGCGUGGGGUCGUGUGGGAGGAGGUGCUCAUCAUGCUGCCCGACCACGUCUCCAUCAUCCUUCUGAGUGCCACCGUCCCCAAUGCCCUGGAGUUUGCUGACUGGAUUGGGCGGCUGAAGCGGCGGCAGAUCUACGUGAUCAGCACGGUCGCCCGUCCCGUCCCCCUGGAACACUAUCUCUUCACAGGAAACAGCCCCAAGACGCAGGGGGAGCUCUUCCUGCUGCUGGACUCCCGAGGGGCCUUCCACACCAAGGGGUACUAUGCUGCAGUGGAGGCCAAGAAGGAGAGAAUGAGCAAGCAUGCCCAGACCUUUGGGGCCAAGCAGCCCACGCACCAGGGGGGCCCUGCACAGGACCGUGGGGUGUACCUGUCCUUGCUGGCUUCCCUCCGGGCCCGGGCUCAGCUGCCUGUGGUGGUGUUCACCUUUUCCCGAGGCCGCUGUGAUGAGCAGGCGUCGGGCCUCACCUCUCUUGACCUCACAACAAGCUCGGAGAAGAGCGAGAUCCACCUCUUCCUGCAGCGAUGCCUUGCUCGGCUCCGAGGCUCCGACCGACAGCUGCCCCAGGUCCAGCACAUGUCAGAGCUCCUUCGCCGGGGCCUGGGCGUGCACCACAGCGGCAUCCUGCCCAUCCUCAAGGAGAUCGUGGAGAUGCUGUUCAGCCGAGGGCUGGUCAAGGUCUUGUUUGCCACUGAGACCUUUGCCAUGGGGGUGAACAUGCCAGCGAGGACAGUGGUGUUCGACUCCAUGCGCAAACAUGACGGCUCCGCCUUCCGGGACCUGCUGCCCGGGGAGUACGUGCAGAUGGCGGGCCGGGCGGGCCGGAGGGGCCUGGACCCCACAGGCACCGUCAUCCUGCUCUGUAAGGGCCGAGUGCCCGAGAUGGCAGAUCUGCACCGCAUGAUGAUGGGGAAGCCAUCCCAUUGGCUGGGGUGGGGGGGUAUGGCCUGUGGGGUUGGUAGGAGUAGAGAGGGCUGGGCUUGCAGACUUGUUAUAACCCUCCCUUCUACUCAGGCCCAUGAGCAGGCUCUGGCUGAACUCACCAAGAGGCUGGGGGCCUUGGAGGAGCCUGACGUGACUGGCCAACUGGCCGACCUGCCUGAAUAUUACAGCUGGGGGGAGGAGCUGACAGAGACCCGGAACAUGAUCCAGAGACGCAUCAUGGAGUCUGUGAACGGGCUGAAGUCUCUCUCGACGGGAAGGGUGGUAGUUGUGAAGAAUGAGGAGCAUCACAAUGCGUUAGGUGUGAUCCUGCAGGUCUCCUCAAACUCCGCCAGCAGAGUAUUUACAACGCUGGUCUUGUGUGAUAAGCCUGUUGUGUCCGAGAGCCCACGGGACAAGGGGCCAGCCACUCCAGAUGUGCCCUACCCGGAUGACCUCGUGGGCUUCAAGCUGUUCCUGCCUGAAGGGCCCUGUGAGCACACUGUGGUGAAGCUCCAGCCAGGAGAUGUGGCUGCCAUCUCCACCCGAGUGCUGCGGGUGAGUGGGGAGAAGAUCUCUGAGGACUUCAGCAGGAGGCAGCAACCGAAGUUCAGGAAGGACCCUCCCAUUGCCGCUGUGACCACUGCAGUCCAGGAGCUGCUGCGUCUGGCUCAGGCCCAUCCUUCAGGACCCCCAACCCUGGACCCCGUCAACGACCUGCAGCUCAAGGAUGUGUCAGUGGUGGAAGGUGGGCUCCGGGCCCGGAGGCUGGAGGAGCUGAUCCGGGGGGCCCAGUGUGUGCACAGCCCCCGGUUCCCCGCCCAGUACCUGAAGCUGCGGGAGCGAAUGCGGAUCCAGAAGGAAAUGGAGAGGCUGCGCUUCCUGCUGUCCGACCAGUCACUGUUGCUGCUCCCCGAGUACCACCAGCGUGUAGAGGUGCUCCGGACCCUGGGCUACGUGGACGAGGCAGGCACAGUGAAGCUGGCUGGACGGGUGGCCUGCGCCAUGAGCAGCCAUGAGCUGCUCCUCACGGAGCUCAUGUUUGAUAACGCACUGAGCACCCUGCGACCCGAGGAGAUUGCAGCUCUGCUCUCUGGCCUGGUCUGCCAGAGCCCUGGUGACCCUGGGGAUCAGCUCCCAAGCACCCUCAAACAGGGGGUAGAGCGUGUCAGAGCUGUGGCUAAGCGGAUUGGUGAGGUUCAGGUGGCCUGUGGCCUGAACCAGACAGUGGAGGAGUUUGUGGGAGAGCUGAACUUUGGGCUGGUCGAGGUUGUGUACGAGUGGGCUCGGGGCAUGCCCUUCUCCGAGCUGGCAGGGCUCUCAGGGACCCCCGAAGGCCUGGUGGUCCGUUGCAUCCAGCGCCUGGCCGAGAUGUGUCGCUCACUUCGAGGAGCGGCCCGUUUGGUAGGAGAGCCUGUGCUGGGUGCCAAGAUGGAGACGGCAGCCACCUUGCUGCGGCGGGACAUUGUCUUCGCAGCCAGUCUCUACACCCAGUGAAGGGGGUGGAUCAAAGUGUAACAAUAAAACAGCAAACCAGAGUGCCAGGAGCACGGGGCAGGGAUGACUCUAUUGAGACACAGCAAGAGACCUGCUUAGAAACACGCUUUUAUUAUCCGAA